GUUUGUUUUCCUCAGCAUGCCUUGAACCAUUGCGUUGGGAGCUAUGCUGCAGAUCAGCCGCGUUGUGCGCUUGGUGUUGCCGGGGCGACUUGCAUUUCGGCAGGCCAGCGCCAGAGGUGCAGCUGCAGGCGCGGGCGCUUCGCGUGAUGAGCUGAGGAACUUGGUGAAGGAGCUCCACACCAGAGAAACAGUUCCAGAGGAAGAGGUGGAGGCGCGAAAGCAAAGACUGGAGGACGCCUCCCCGCAGCUGCAGAGCAACCUCAUCCAGGGUGAGAUGAAUGAUCGCCUCUCACUGCUCAAAGACCUUGCAGAUCUAGGGCUGGUGCCUGGCAAGCCGUACCCCUUCGCCGUCUUCCUGCUUGCCUUUCUGGAGGAGUACAUCAAAGGCAUCGAGGCGCUUCGCGACGGAGAGACCACCUCCCAAAGAGCGGAGGAGCUACGAAAGAUCUUGCUGUGCUUCCACCGGGCGGGCCUGGCGCCGGACCGUUUGAAGCUGCUCUACGGCCACAUUGAGAACGACUUCCCUCGCUUUGAGGCCGUUGGCGCCAUUUUGCCCAUGCCGACGGCGGUGUUGCUCUGCCACACCAUGCUGUCCACUGGUCUGAGCACCGCGGGCGCGGUGGCCGUGCUGCUGCGCGCUGCGCUGCGGGAGCCGCUCAUUGAGGUGGCCGAUGAUGCACAGGAGCUGCGGCUGUUAAAGACCAUCGAGAUGCUGAUCCGCGUGGAUUUCCUCCACACCCAGGA